ACAAGUACUGAAUGCAUACGUACGUGCCAGACGGACUGGUGUGAGUACCGAGCAGCUCUGCCUAUUAGAAUCGUUCUAUAGUUCCUACAUAGAACCCGAGGAGUUGUGUGCGGACGGACGGAUUGUCACAUCGGUAACGGUCAUAAAUAUACGACAUCCGUAGCCAUGGCUGCGCUAAAAACAUUGACGAACAAGUUUUUCCAAUUAAUACCUGAGUAGUACCGAGUUUCCUAAUCGAUCCCCACACUAUUGUCACGUGCCACGGUGUAUUGGUGAUUCCCGAGUGAAAUCCACGGGGGAAUUUAACAUACCAAAACUUUGCCUAUAUGUCCUCGUUGGUGGUGUGCAUUCGUUGUGUGACGAAAUUACGUGAUGGUCUCUAAGGUGGAUGUAAAUAUCGGGUGCGAGGCUCGGUUUGGUACUUAUCACGCUAAAGAUAUGAGUGAAAAAGGUGACAAGGAUUUUGAGUUCGCUAUACCACCAGAGGCCCCAGUCUUUGAGCCAACAGCGGAGGAAUUCCUCGACCCCCUUGGCUACAUCUCCAAGAUUCGUCCGAUUGCCGAAAAAUCGGGGAUUUGCAAAAUAAAACCACCGCCAAAUUGGCAACCACCUUUUGCCGUUGACGUUGACAAAUUCAAAUUUGUACCAAGAAUUCAGAGGUUAAACGAACUUGAAGCAAAGACCAGAAUAAAGCUGAAUUUUUUAGAUCAAAUAGCCAAAUUUUGGGAGCUUCAAGGAUCAUCGUUGAAAAUUCCACUGGUUGAACGUAAAGCUUUAGACUUGUACUCUUUACACAGAAUUGUCACCGAGGAAGGUGGCAUUGAAACAGUUACUAAAGAAAGAAGAUGGGCAAAGAUUGCAAACAGAAUAGGAUAUCCAUCCGGUCGAAGCGUUGGAAGUAUUUUAAAAAACCACUAUGAAAGAAUUUUGUACCCCUUUGAUGUUUUCAAGCAAGGGAAAACCUUGACUGACAUUAAAAUUGAGCCAGAGGGUGACGUGAAUGAGAAAAAGGACAGAGAUUAUAAGCCUCAUGGAAUAAUAUCGAGACAGCAAAUAAAACCACCAAAUGAAAAAUUUUCACGGCGUUCCAAGCGAUUUGCUGGUACGGAUGAAAAACCAGAAUUAGUCACAGACAGCACAUCACCCAUUAAGCAAGAAGAUUGCAAAGAUGAGUGCGACUCUGACAGUGAAAAGGAUAAAGAUAACAGCAAAGAGCUUAAAAAAUUGCAGUUUUACGGACCUGGUCCGAAAAUGGCCGGUUUUAAUACCAAAGAUGUAAAAAAACCUAGCAAAACCAGAGGCGUCAAAUUACACUAUGAUUUUGACCCGCUUGCCAAAUACAUUUGCCACAACUGUGGUAGAGGCGAUACAGAGGAGAGCAUGCUGUUGUGCGACGGAUGCGACGACAGCUAUCACACCUUCUGCCUUAUGCCACCAUUAACCGAAAUACCAAAGGGUGAUUGGCGAUGUCCAAAAUGUGUCGCCGAAGAAGUCUCAAAGCCUAUGGAAGCCUUUGGAUUUGAACAAGCUCAGCGUGAAUAUACGCUGCAACAGUUUGGCGAAAUGGCCGAUCAGUUCAAAAGCGAUUACUUCAACAUGCCUGUACACAUGGUACCGACUCCUUUGGUCGAAAAGGAAUUCUGGCGGAUUGUUUCUUCAAUAGAUGAAGAUGUGACCGUCGAGUAUGGGGCUGAUUUGCACACAAUGGAUCAUGGCUCCGGUUUCCCGACGAAGACCAGUGUCAAUUUGUUCACGUGCGAUCAGGAGUACGCCGAAUCUUCGUGGAAUUUGAAUAAUUUACCCGUUCUACAUGGAAGCGUGCUGGGACACAUCAAUGCAGACAUUAGCGGGAUGAAAGUUCCCUGGAUGUACGUUGGCAUGUGCUUUGCCACCUUUUGUUGGCACAACGAAGACCAUUGGAGUUAUUCCAUAAACUAUCUACACUGGGGAGAGCCCAAGACUUGGUACGGAGUUCCUGGAUCUCAGGCGGAAAGAUUUGAACAUUCCAUGAAAUCUGCUGCCCCGGAAUUAUUCCACAGCCAACCGGACCUUCUUCACCAACUCGUCACUAUUAUGAAUCCUAACAUACUGAUGAAUGAAGAAAAUCGUCGAUGGCUGUACUGUCCUGGACCUGGUUGCUCGCCGAGAUGCCAGCAUACAAAUAAUCCAACCCCCAUGUACAUAGGAGUUCCAGUAUUCAGAACGGAUCAGCACGCAGGUGAAUUUGUUGUUACGUUUCCAAGAGCCUAUCACGCCGGCUUCAACCAAGGGUACAACUUUGCAGAGGCUGUCAAUUUUGCUCCAGCUGAUUGGUUGAAAAUGGGACGGGAAUGUAUUUCACAUUACUCUAACUUGAGACGCUUCUGCGUUUUCUCACAUGAUGAACUUGUCUGCAAAAUGUCUCUGGACCCAGACUCCUUGGACAUCGGUAUAGCCACAGCAACAUAUCACGACAUGCUUCAGAUGGUCGACGAUGAAAAAAAAUUGCGAAAAAAUCUUUUGGAAUGGGGCGUAACAGAAGCAGAGCGCGAAGCUUUUGAACUUUUACCGGACGAUGAGAGGCAAUGCGAGGCAUGUAAAACUACCUGUUUCUUAAGUGCGGUAACGUGCGCCUGCCAUAACUCGCAGCUCGUUUGUUUGAGGCAUUUUACCGACCUCUGCGACUGCCCGCCGGAAAAACAUACUCUCAGAUAUCGUUACACGCUCGAUGAGUUGCCCAUAAUGUUGCAAAAGCUUAAACUGAAAGCUGAGUCGUUCGACUCAUGGGUCACCAAAGUGAAGGAAGCAAUGGACCCGAAAGGAGACAAAAUCGAACUUACGGAACUCAAAGAAUUGCUCAACGAAGCUGAAGUCAAGAAGUUUCCAGAAAGCGAAUUACUUACCGCUCUUACUACCGCUGUACAAGAUGCUGAAAAAUGCGCCAGCGUUGCUCAGCAGCUGUUGAACAACAAGCAGCGAACAAGGACUAGGCAGUCUGUAGACACAAAAUAUAAACUAACUGUCGAAGAGUUGACCUUGUUUUACAAAGAAAUAACAAAUCUCUGCUGCGAAUUGAAAGAAUCUGAUGGUGUUAAAUACAUAUUAGACCAAGUAGUUCAGUUUCAAAAGGAUGCCGAGGAAUUGGAAAGUAAAGAUGAAAUUACGGACAUCGAGAAGCUGGAGAAAUGCAUUGACUUCGGUGAUUCUAUUUGCAUUGAAUUACCACAGCUUGUCAGACUAAAACAGAGAUUGGUGCAGACGCAGUGGCUGGAAGAAGUGAAAUCUAUUCAGGACGAACCAAAAUCAGCCAGUCACGAGGAUCUUGUAAAGCUGGUAGAAAAAGGGAUGACAAUCCCACCACACGUUAGCAUAGAAAACACGUUAUCAAAGCUCCAGAAUUUAAUGAUAGGUAUAGAAAAGUGGGAAGAUAAGGCGAAAGGGUAUCUGCAAAAUAAAAAUCGUCAGACCAUCGCUACGAUAGAAGAUUUCUUGAAAGAAGCCGACGAAAUCGACGCCUAUCUACCAAACCUAGACAAUUUACAAGACAUUUUAACAAAGGCCAAAAACUGGACUCAAAACGUUCAGGAUAUUCAAGCCAAGGAGAAUUAUCCUUACUACGACACACUUGACGAACUUGUACGUAGGGGUAGAAACAUACCGCUUCAUUUAGACGCUCUGCCGAUCCUAGAGUCGACGCUGUCUCAAGCUAAAGUUUGGAAAGAAAGAACAGCUCGAACAUUUCUCAGAAAGAAUUCUCACUAUACCUUAAUGGAAGCUCUCUCUCCAAGAAUCGGAGUAGGUGUGCAAGCUAUGAAGACGAAGAGAAACAAGGGAGAGGAGACGGUCGGCGCCGUGUUUGUGUGUGAUACAAAAUUGGACGAUACUAAUGACUCCGCGAAUGUUGUCGCGGCGUUCAAACUCGCCGAGCAGCGUGAAAUGGAAGCCAUGAGGAAUCUUAGAGAGAGGAAUUUGACCAAGACUGAGAUGGACGAAUCGAGAUAUUGCGUCUGCCGAAGACCCCGAUUUGGACUGAUGCUACAGUGCGAACUUUGCAAGGAUUGGUUUCACUCAAACUGUGUGCCUUUACCCAAAACCACGUACAAAGGGAAGCUACCGGUGUCGCGAGACACAAAGUUCUUGUGCCCGUGUUGUCUGAGAUCACGCCGACCUCGUCUUGAGACGAUAUUAGCCCUUUUAGUGAGCUUACAAAAAAUUCCCGUACGUUUGCCCGAGGGUGAAGCUCUGCAAUGCCUCACCGAACGAGCGAUGAACUGGCAGGAUCGCGCCAGGCAAGCUUUAGCAACUGAAGAAUUAUCUUCAGCGUUGGCGAAACUGUCGGUGUUAUCUCAGAAGUUGGUUGAAGCAGCUGCAAGGGAAAAAACAGAAAAGAUAAUCAGCAGCGAGUUGAAAAAGGCUGCUAACAACCCGGAGCUCCAUCAAAGAGUACAAGCCAUCGCCCCACUUAGCGGUGUACAUUCCGACGAUAGUGUACCGAGUACUGCUGACGAUGAUGACGACGUUGUUACCAUCGAGGAUGACGAGCCUACUUGUAGUAUGUUUAAUAGUAACGAACACGAUUAUUCGUACGUUUCCAAGUUUCAACCCAACAAACUCCAAGGGCAAGACACUGACGCCGCAGUAGUUUUGUCAGAAAGUGCGAGGGGUCGGCUCGAGGAGUUAAUGAUGGAGGGCGAUCUGCUCGAAGUAGCCUUGGAUGAAACACAGCACAUAUGGAAGAUACUGAGCCACACGAACAUACCUAGUAGUGUGCAAAAGUAUGCGACCUUCGAGGAAGUACAAGCAACGUUUAAGCACGACAUGAAAGACGUUAAAAAACGCGGACGUAAACGUAAAUCGGAAGAAUUCGAGCUGCUGAAAAAGUUGGGCCGGCCAAAAGUCGACGAAAAAAAUAUCCUGAAACGUAAAGGAUUGAAUAAGGAAAAGAAAAUUAUCAUGGCUGUCGGACAGAUGAAACGCGGGCCGCGAAAGAUGAAACGUAAGGAGGGCGAGGAAGGGCCCAAAAAACGCGGUGGUAACAGGAAGAAAACGAAACAAGACACUUCCGACGAAGAGGACGACUGUGCAGCUGUCAGUUGCCUCCGCCCUAGCGGGCGCGAGGUCGAUUGGGUCCAAUGCGAUGGAGGCUGUGAUGGUUGGUUCCAUAUGCACUGCGUUGGCUUGGACCGUGCAGAAAUAGCUGAAGAAGAUGAUUACAUCUGUAGUAAUUGCAAAGACAGCGAUAAUGUCAUGUUGCCACGUAUAGAUCAUACUGCUGAAUUAUUAGGGCUGGAUGCACUUCUUUCCCUUUCUCAAUCUCAGGGAUACAACAGCGGAGAUACGGAACCGGAGAUACAGGAAGCCUCACCAUUCGUUGAGACGUAUUAAUCAGCUUCUUACUCUCAAGAUCUCUGAUGACGCAGUAGCUGGUUGUCCCAUAUAUUGAUCAGGAUAAACGAGACCACACCGUUUUAAACAUUCACAACAGCCAGCUGUCAACACCGCACUCACACAUGACAAUGAACGUUUUCGUUCUCAUUAAUUGUCCUUCAUUUUGUUAUGCUCUGUUUUUUUUUCUCCAAAUUUCAAUUUAUUUCUAUGUUGUGUAGUUCUUGGAUUCUCAGUCUUCCACCACGGUGUCUUGCCAUUCAAAAUUGGAACAUUUCAAAUUUUUAAUCCACUCUUUAUCUCUACGUUUGUUUCUUGUGGCGAUUGAUAAAAGUAGAGUGAAAUUAAAGUAAAUACAUGUGGCCAAGAAUAUCGAGAGGAAAACAGAGCCAAAUAACUAAUACUUUAUCGAAACCAUUUAGAUUAAAAAAAAAACUUUCAAACACCUGAAACUACUAUAUGAUUAGUAUCAUUGUGGUUAUUACAAUUUUUGUUAUUAUUAUUAUUAUUAUUAUUAGUAUGAUCGCACUUAGUCACGUAUUAAUUCCCAUUUCGUCGAAUUACUUGUUACAGAGUAUCUUACAAUCUUUAAUAAUGUUUUCGUGAAUAUAUGUACAUAUCUGAUGAAACCAUAACAUCGCGAAUUCUUAAUAGAUAAAUGGCAAUCAUAGCACUUGACGAACUGUGGUGUUGAUCGGUCGAUUACGUUGAUUUCAGAACUUAAUAUUACGUUAGCAUGUUUUGUGUGAGUGCCGAUUCAAUAUCUGUAACAACAACGCCAGUUUCGCUGUACAUCUACGAUAUCGACUUGUAUAUCCGUCACCGGGUUGUAGAUAUAAUAACGUUGUUAACUUAAAUGUAAUAUAAUUUUAGUGUCAGAACGACGAUUUGUCUUGAAUUCAACUCGCAACAAGUUUAAUUCAAGAUCACAAUCGCGUUAUACGAUCUUUAUCAAACGUAGACAAGAAGUCCUAAUUAAAUUAUAAGUUUAAAGUAACAAGAGUAUGAAAAAUAAAACCAACACUUUUCGUGCACGUAUAUUUUUAUAGGCUCUGGAUUAGAUUUUUUCAUUGAUGAAGCAAUCGAUCGUAUAGAUAUUUCAUCAGUACGCCCUACAGAGUAAAUAAAUUACCGUAUUCACGAAAGACUUCGUAGCUAACGUAUCUGAGCUUUAUCUGCAAUGUAAUUCCUUCGAUGAACGUUGGAUCGUACCGCAAAGUUUAGAAUGAUCGGUUGGUAUGUUGUAUGUAUAUGUACAAUGCGUAACUUGUAAGGACAUGGUAUUAAAUGGAUAUGUUUUGGUAUUUUACGACGGAUUACAGUCUAGUCUUUAAGUAUUUGUAAAUAUAACGUUUAGUCUAAAGUACAUAAUUAUAGUUAUUAUAUUAAAAGCUAAGCAAAUCCAUCUUCAAUGAGUUUCAAUGGUAACAUCAACACCUGCACUACUAGAAAGCUUCAACUCGAAUAAAAAAAAUCUGUAAACCUGUCCGGAAUGUUUCACAUCGGUUCAUAUUUAAUUUUUUCAGAUGAGUAAAAAAAAGUCAAUAUCCAGCAAUUCACUCAUGUCAAAGUGGUAAAAUUGUUAACCGCACUUGAUGCGCAAUGUACUUUAUGUUUUCGUGGUAUAUGCUUGACAUGAUACGGUUCUUUUUUCUUCGACAUGUGUGAUAUUUUAAGGAUGUACUGACAUCCUGUUGAGUGGAAAUAACUCAUCUCUUGGAACAUGGUGACCCAACCGACACACUAGAUUACUUUAUCUUUGAUAUGAAUUAAUCACAGUUUCUCGUUUCAACGAUCUCGCAGUAAUAUCAAAGAGAAUUGUAAUAUUCUGCAAAUUUAUCAGUCAUUCUUUCUUAGAUAUAAUUUCAUGAAAUGCCUGAGUACACGCAAGCUGGGUUUCACAGCGAUAAACAUGAUUUUCGAACCAUGUUCAUCGUUCAUUUCGUUUUCCUUGUGUUCGUUUCGUCUUUUCAUUUGUCUACCUGUCAGAGUUCGGGUAUACCGCGAAACUUUUUCACGCGGUAUAAACCCACAUAAAUACAUAAAUACGAUAUAUAAGUACUAUCGAAUAAUAGAAGGGGUGCGCACUGAAAAAUUUUUUACACAGAAGAAUGCGGUAUGAGAAUAUAUGUAUAGACAUUUAUAAUAACGUAAAUACAUAUAGUCAGAAUCAUUACUAUAUUUAUAUUUAUAUAUACAUCUAGUAUGUAGUAGACAUGUUUAACUGUAAGUGACAACAGAAUUCCAUAAAAUACCAACUUGAUAUCUAUCAAUUUGUGUGAUUAAAAAUUACGGUACAUAUAAAUGCAUACAUACACAUACAUAUACUUAUAGUAUUAUCGAAAGAAGAUGAAUUCGUGUGAUUAGUAUAUGUAACUUAGUAUGCAGUAGAUAACCAAUACUAUAUUGUAUUACAUGUAUGUCAUUAUUAUCAUCGUCAAUAACAAUUUUUACACAGGCACAUAUACACUACUAAAAACUAUUUUUAAUUAUAUAAACAAUGAAAAAAGGUGUCCAUAUAAAACAUACGACGAUUAUUUAACUUAUGCCUGAUGUGACAAACCAAAAAAAUCAAAUAAACAUAUAAUGAAAUUAAGUGUACCUACUUCGAGAAAACAUUUUGCGAAAGAUUUCAGACACAGAAUACAAAAUACGAGCGAGAAUGGAUCGAAAUUUUUUUAAUUUCUAUACAAUCGUGGUAUGUAUAUGUAUUUACAUUACCGGAAAUCCGGUAUACAAAAAAUUGAUAGACAAAUAUUCCUAAACGAUCGAUCGAGCUUAAGUUGAAACUUUUGGUGACGAUUUUGCCCAUUUGUAUUUUCUCCCAGUUUUCGCAUUCGAGUGAAUUGUAGAAAUAUCUCCAUUACUGAUAGUAUAUAGUACGAUUACCAUGAUACCUGGGACAUGUAGUCGAGGUAAUCAAAUAAGACUAGUAAAGAAAAAAAAGAUAAAUUCACGACUGUCCCACUUUAAAUUAAAUUCGGAUGUACACAAAGAUAAUAUAGAUAUAUUUAUGACGUCUAUAGAAAAACGAUAUCAUGACUAUACGUGCUGAGAUUAUAUUGGAAUAUGGGCCAAUUGUUGUAUAGCUUGUUACAUCCCCUGUAAAUCAUUGAAUCAUAAUAAUUAUUAUUACUAUUAUAGCUGUAAUACUAACAAUAAUAAAAUAAUAUAGUAUCACGAUCAAAGUA